UAAUUUCAGCUUCCAAGGAACUAUUGGUUAUGUUAAUCCAAUUUUUCCAUUGUUCUGUUUUCAUAAACUUGAUGGCUGAGAAAGCCAAUGGGGUGGUGGACGACCAGCAACAGGUGGUGAGGCCCUAUCCUUUCCACGAAAUCGAGCUCAAAUGGCAGUGUCACUGGGAGGAAAUCGGACUUUUCGAACCCCAGAUGAAAUUGAUACCUCGAAGCCCAAAUACUAUCUUCUUGAUAUGUUCCCUUAUCCCAGGGCGAGGGUUCUAUGCGUUGUUCCGGCGGAUGAGGAUGCCUUCUGAAAAUUCCAAUGCGAGGUUUCUAUGUGCUGUUCCCAUGGAUAAGCAGGCGAUGCAAAGAAUUACGAACAAUGAUGGGGCCUCUAGAGAGUAACUGCAGGCUCUGCAAAAGUUUGAAUCGCUUUGUUGGUGAUUCCAUUACGUGCACACACUCUUAUUCCAACAAACACUGCAAGGGACAAAAGAAACAGAAAAAUCUGCCCCUUCAGUAAUGCAAAAAAAUAAAAAAUA